GUGAGCAUCUUUAAAGGAAGCUUCCUGGAGAUCUAGAGAGAAAGAGAGAAGCCCAAAGAAGGAAAGAAAGGGGCUAUGAUUUCCUUGUCCUGUUGCUUUGUCUCUGGCUCCCUCUGGCUCUGGAAGAUUAGCCACAGGAUGCAAAGCUGCCCAGCUGGUCACUGUAUGCCCAAGUUCAGUUUAGCUGGCGUUUCUCUACUAUUUAGCCCAACCGCUUUCUCUGAAGGGGAGGACUCUCAGCCCGACAACCCUUUAGUUUAACCUGAAGAGUGUGUGCCGCCUCUCUGCCCAUCCUAAAAGCUUGCUGGAGGUGGAUGAGAGAGGGAAAGAGGAGAACUGGAAAGAGCCUGAGGAACGCUGGAUGCCAGGAGGAGGCAAACAUUCCCGUCGACAAAGCAGAAAGGACAGAGCAUACUGAUUUUCUGUUUUCCAUCAUUUUAUUCUCCCUAUCCUUUUGGAGAUUUUUGAAAACACAAUACAAAACAGAACACCACCCCCGAAGCCCCAACCCCUUGGCUAGCUCUUAUGGGAAUGAAACACUCCUCCCGCUGCCUGCUCCUGAGGAGGAAAAUGGCGGAGAACGCUGCCGAGAGCAUCGAGGCUUGCCCUGUCCCAUCCCAGCCUCCUCAGCCUAUUGUUGUUCCGAAGCCAGUUCAAUCUGUCAUACACGUCCCAUUGCAACCAAGCUGCCCGGGUCGAGGCAAGAUGGCAAAACUCCUCAAUCCAGAAGAAAUGACAUCCAGGGAUUAUUAUUUUGAUUCCUAUGCCCACUUUGGAAUUCAUGAGGAAAUGCUUAAGGAUGAAGUGCGCACAUUAACCUAUAGAAACUCCAUGUAUCACAAUAAACAUGUUUUUAAAGAUAAAAUUGUACUGGAUGUUGGAAGUGGCACAGGAAUCCUCUCCAUGUUUGCUGCAAAGGCAGGAGCCAAGAAGGUAUAUGGGAUUGAAUGCUCAAGCAUAUCUGAUUACUCAGAAAAAAUCAUCAAGGCCAACCACUUGGACAACAUAAUCACAAUAUUUAAAGGUAAAGUGGAAGAAGUUGAAUUGCCUGUGGAUAAAGUAGACAUCAUCAUCAGCGAGUGGAUGGGUUACUGUCUUUUCUAUGAGUCAAUGUUAAACACAGUCAUCUUCGCACGAGACAAGUGGCUGAAACCUGGAGGGCUAAUGUUUCCUGACCGAGCUGCUUUGUACCUGGUAGCAAUAGAAGAUAGACAGUAUAAGGACUUCAAAAUUCACUGGUGGGAGAAUGUGUACGGCUUUGACAUGACCUGUAUUAGGGAUGUUGCCAUGAAGGAGCCUUUGGUGGACAUAGUAGAUCCAAAGCAAGUGGUGACCAAUGCCUGUUUAAUAAAGGAAGUAGAUAUUUAUACAGUGAAGACUGAAGAAUUGGCAUUCACUUCUGCAUUCUGCCUCCAAAUUCAGCGUAAUGAUUACAUUCAUGCCUUAGUCACCUAUUUUAAUAUUGAAUUUACAAAGUGCCACAAGAAAAUGGGAUUUUCUACAGCACCUGAUGCUCCCUAUACCCACUGGAAGCAAACUGUCUUCUACUUAGAGGACUAUCUAACUGUGAGACGAGGGGAAGAAAUCUAUGGGACUAUAUCCAUGAAACCAAAUGCAAAAAAUGUGCGUGACCUGGAUUUCACAGUAGACUUGGAUUUUAAAGGACAGCUAUGUGAAACAUCAGUAUCUAAUGACUACAAAAUGCGCUAGCAAGAAACCUUUCAGAGAGAUGGAAAGGAGCAUGGCAUCAAGUCUUGAACUGCUGAACUUCAAACUAGGAAUAACCAUUUGCAAGACUAUCAUAUUAGAUACUAGAAUGUUUACUCUGAUGGAAAGUGGUAACUUGAUCCCUCUUGCAGGUAGUACAGAGGGCUGGGUUCCCUUUGUGGAUGUACAGUAUACGGAACCAUAGCUUUUGUCAAACAUAUAGGCAAAAUAAGCAGCAGUCUUGAGAAUUCUGGUUAGGAUGGCAGAAGAUGUGUAUACAAAUUGUACUACUUCCUGUGAAUUUCUGGUUCUUCCAAGCUUUGCAUGUUACAGGUGAUUAGGGCAGUUUCCUUACUAUAGAAGACCACUACAACACAUUGCCAUGGUAGUAUUAUGGAACAUAUAUUUAAUAUAAAUAUACUCUAUAUAUAUGUGUAUAUAUAUAUAUUGUACACGAGAAAAAUUUUGUUGCUUCAUAAUAGGAAUUAGUUUUGUGAUUAUUUACUUCUUAUUAUACAGUUAUGGAAAAAUAAUGCUGUUAUUUCUGGAACUACUUUAGGCACUGGCAUGGUCCAGCUAUCAUUCACUGUCUAAAAUUAUAGCUAUGCAAAGUAUAAGUAAGAGCUGCAAGUUAAUAGAAAGAUGAAAAGCUAUUUUUUAGAAUAUCAUUUGGAAAAUAUGGAUCAUUAAUUUUAAAAUUUACCUUCACGAGUGGAUGUCUGCCAGAGCUUUAAAGAAUAUUAGCUUUUUAUCCUUGAAAAUAUUUUGUGGUAGGUUUUUAUAGCUGGAUUUUGCAUUGCAUGAGACCCUCUGAAAUCAGAGACUUGAUAUUUAAAUGUGAUGAAUGCAAAGUCUCUAAAAUGGUGAGUAAUUCAUGAUUCUUGGCCAUGCCGUAUUUCAGUUCUCCUUUCCACAAGAUUCUUAAUACAAAAUUGGUGUUUACUUUUGUUGAUGUUUUAGAUAAGUCAAUUUAAAUUGCAAAUACUAGUCUUAAGAGUACAGUGGUUCCUCUUUGUUGGAACAAGGUAAUGUCUUUAAAAAAAUGUCUGUAGCUUCUGAUACUACUAAAAUGUCUGUAGCGCCCCCAUUCUCUUAAACUCAUUGUUUUUCUCUCAAUAUCUUCUGCUUAGAGUUAAAAUACUGUUUAUAAUACUUGAUAUGUAUGUAUGAAGUUUUUUUACUAUAUGACAGUUGACCAUUUAAUCACAUGUAAUUCAUCAAAAACUGCAUCACUGGCCUUAUCCAUACAUCUUCCAGUUUCCAUGGCAUUAGUCACUAAGUCAUGUUCUCAUCAUGUAUUGGAUGAGAUUGACUAACUUUUUGCCUAAAAAGUCUUUGUAAUUACCUGAAAAUAAAGCAGACUAGAAGAUGUGAGGAGCUAAAAAUGCUGCUCAUUAGUAAGCUUUUUGUAGGUUCUUGUUUUGUCAGUAUAAGAUUAUCAGCUUUUCACUUUCUAGAAAACUAUGUUGCUGUUCCCUUCAUUAGAAAACUGUACAGUACCUCCAUUUUCUUACAGUCUGAAGAUUAUGGUCUAGGUAUCCUAGUACAUGGUAUCUAUCUAUGUAGAAUGAAAUUAAACCACAAUUCAGCAGCAAAGUA